AUGUCAGUCACGCUUCACACCACUUCUGGAGACAUCAAAAUCGAGCUCUACGUAGACGACGCACCGAAGGCUUGUGAGAAUUUCCUUGCUCUAUGUGCUAGCGACUACUACAACGGUUGCAUUUUCCAUAGAAAUAUCAAAGAUUUUAUGGUGCAAACUGGUGAUCCGACUCACUCCGGAAAAGGAGGCGAGAGCAUUUGGGGAGGACAGUUUGAAGACGAAUUUGUUAGUGCAUUGAAACAUGACACUCGUGGAUGCGUUUCGAUGGCAAACAAUGGCCCGGAUACAAAUCGGUCACAGUUCUUCAUCACCUACGCGAAGCAAGCACAUCUUGAUAUGAAAUACACGUUAUUCGGAAAAGUAAUUGACGGAUUUGACACAUUAGAAGAGCUGGAAACGAUCAAAGUAGACAGUAAAUAUCGUCCUCUGGUGCAACAAAAAAUACAAAGUGUAACAAUCCACGCGAAUCCAUUGGCUACUGACGGAUAA